AAUAACUGAAAAUGGCUGGCUUUGAAGUAGAAAGAUUCCUGAAUCCACCGCAAGAACUCAUGGAAUACUUAUGUGGAAUCUGAAUGAAGAUCCUAUAUAAACCAACUCAGUGCAAAAGAUGUGCUACUUACUACUGCUUUGAUUGUAUCAAGAGGAAAUUGUGCCCCAACGAUUGACAAAAGGGAAAGGAGGACAGCUCCCUUUACACUAUAAAUAAAUACAUGAAGAAUAAAAUCAACAAAACAUUGACAAUUAAGUGCAAAUAUGAAGAGUAUGGCUGCAAUGAAAGUUUCCUACUGAAGGAUAUUUUAUCACACGAGAAGUCUUGUCCCUCCCAGGCGUUCUUUUGCCCGAACAAGGGAUGCUAUCAAAGGAUUCCAGCGUUCAAACUUGAACCACACUUGAAGAUGUGAGACUAUCAGAUAGUCCCUUGAAACUCCUGAGGAUUUGAAAUUCUCCGCAAAGAGCAAGGCAAUCAUGACUGAGUCACAAGAAUGCUGCAGCAUAUUGACAAAAUGAAUGAAAAGAACCAAGAGAUGAGCGACAGAAUCAAGGAUUUGCACUCGCAAGAAAAUGAGCUCAAGAAUAGGCUAGAUUACAUGACCACAGAGAACAACAACGAGACGAUGAAGCUAAACCAGCAGGUUGAACAUACUACUAGAGAAAAUGAUACCUUGAUGCACGACCUCAGUUCCAUUCCAAGUGGCCCUCUUGAGAAAACAAGGCAGGAGGAAUUAGAGGAGCUCAAUGAGUUCGAUAAUGUCAACGAGAAAACGGUCAGUAGAUAUAUUAAAAAGGUUGACAACAGGAUCCAUGACCACUGCGACGAAAUUUCUGAAGCAUUCAUUGCACUUCAAGAGAGACUCAGAGAUCAUUUCAGAAUAUUUUCAGAUAGUAUCCAAGACAAAUUUGAAAGAGAAGUCAUCCAUAAUGGCAUCAACCAAGAGUUCGAAAAGCUAAGCCCCAUCAAGAACAAGUAUGAUGAUGAGGAAGAUUACGAAGAUACUGGCGCUGAAAGCAGACUUUCUGGAAUUGAUGAAUCAGAAGAGAAGCCGAGAAACGAUGAAUGCCUGACUCCAGAACUUUCUCACAUGAAAAAUACCUUAGUAAGAGCCUACACAAACCCUCUCGAAGAAUACCACAGUACCAUAAACACUACCGCUGAAUUUGGAAAGAAUGUGAGAUUGCAGAAAGAAUUACAAUACAUGAGUACAAAACAAAGAAAUCAAAGAGAUGAGCGUUCAACUAGUGUUGAUCAAAAGAUAAAAAGGGAAAACAUGAAUCAUAGGCUAGGCUUGUCCAAAAUGAGACAGUCUCUGGGUUCAAACAAUCAGUCACCUCUCAAAGCUGUGAAAUCUUCGAGAUUAUGGAACGCCUUCGACUCUAAUGAUCCUUACCCUGACAAGAAAUUUACUACCAACAUGAAUGGCUCGGUGACACCUCAAAGUGUGACCCCUACUAACAAGAGACGCAGAAAGUCCUUAAACAAAACUAAGAGUUCUACAAUGGUAGGCGAAAAGAAGGUCAGAAGAAAGAAGGAUGAGUUGGUGAAGACAUUACUGUUCAGUAACAGAAACAGAUAAAAGCGAUUACUCAAGUUCAAUUUGCAGAAACA